UCAAACAAAACAAGAUGGCGUCGCCCAUUGGCAGUCUCGUAAAUUUGCGGCGAAAUGCAACGGAGGAGGAUGCAUGGUCAAGUGUUAACAAAAAAUUACGUGAACAUGGUCUGGGGACUGUGAAAAUUCAGCAUCCAGCAGAUAUACAACAUCUGUCAGGAUCAACAGUGUGUUUGGAUGGGGCGAACGACACCCAGGUACGGGACAACAUUCUCUCCUUGAUUUCUGACUGUCAGCACAGACAAACUCUGGUCCAGGAUCUCAUAGGGAAAAAUAAUCAACUCAAGGAAGAAGUAACCAGACAGACAGAGUUAACAGAGAAAUAUUUCAGUAAAAUGAAGGACCUAAAGAUCAUGCUAGAAAGUUCUCGGGCAAGAGUGAAGGAACUGGAGUCAGAUGAGCCUGCCAAGACCACUACUGAUGAUGUGUGGGGUGUGAAGGAGCGGGUGAAUAAUACACGCACUGCAAUCAUUGCCAAGAACAAAGACCUGGAGUACAAGUGCAAGCAGCAAGAGAAAGAGCUGCAGAGACUGAAGGAUAAACUUCACAAUAUGUCCAUACAGGAGGAGAAACGCAAUCAGAGGGUGUCCGACGUAUUUCAAGAGUUCCGUAGGCGAACUGCUCGGGCACAUCACACUAUGGACGACAAACUGCUAGAUGUUAUAGACUCCUAUGAGAGACAAAUUACAAAACUGGAAAAAGACUUGGAAUUAUACAGAGUGGAGGGUGAGACGGCCCGUACCACAGAUGGUUCAGCAGACGAGGAUAUGCCCUCAUUCCACUCAGUGACACAUCACAGCGAAACCUCAGGGAACUUCAAGAAACUUAUCAGGGCUUAUGAGAAGCAGAUUGUGGACUUGAACAAGCAGGUGAAGAAACUAGAGGAGGAGAAAGAACUCAUCAAACUCGACGUGGGGGCAAGACCAGAAGUAAAGGAUUACAGAGUAGCACAGUUGCGUAUGAAGAAGCUAGAAAAGUUAUUGGCUCUUCACAAUAUCAGUAUACCAGGCGAAAAGCUGAAGACAGAUCCCUACCGACUCAAGCGAAAAUUCAGUACAAAAGUGGAAGACCUUGAUUUUCUACCUCUAGACCUGUGCCAUGAGUAUCUCAAGGACCUCAGUAAGGAGCUGGAAGUAAAGGAUCUGGAGACUAUGAUACCCAGGAUCCAACGUAUGACCAGAGAGAUGCAGGAGGUCGGCAGAUAUGAGCAGUUCUGUCGCACUGCCCAAGAAAUCGUGAACAGCCUUGCAGACAACAAGCGUAAAGAGAAGAAGGGAAGUCCCAAGCAGGGCUCUAUGUCCACAGAGACCCUCAACCACAUGCUGACUGUCCUAGAAAACUGGAAGGACGAUGAACAGGGCCUGCAGGAGCUACAGCUGUCCAUCAACCGGCUGGGGGAGAGGUGUGCCCCAUGGCUUAAGAUACGGCUAGUGGGCGAACCAACCAUGGCCCAAAUCACUGCAGCCGUAGACAAGAUUGUGUACGAUGACGGCAUUGAGGAACAGGCAGGCCAUGAGAACCCAAACAGAGCGGUGCUAGAGAACAUAGUGUCUCACUUCCAGACACUGUUUGAUGUGCCCAACGUGUCUGGCGUGUAUCCCAGGAUGAACCAGAUUUUCACCAAGUUGGUUGAAGUGCACAAUGUGCUCAACACUCUCAGGAACCUGCUCGGACUCAGUAAAGAUGCCAAGUCCUCCGCCAUUGUUGAUGGUGUGGGUCGGCUGGUCCAGCAGUGUAACACCACGACUGUACAACAACUGAAAAACCUGCUGCAGACAGAGGACUUGGAUGGGGUGAUAAGGCGACUUCAAGAACACCAGGAGUUCUUCCCAGCAUUCUAUGAGAUUAUGAACAAACUCUUUGAGAUUCUGGAUGUGCGGAGGAUGGACCAGAUUAUUCCAGCAGUAAGGGCCUUGAAACUUCUAGCUAACUGAGCUCAUCACUGCCAAGGAUUUCCAAGGAAACAAUCACUAUCAGCUAGUUUAAAGAUAUGGACUGACUUGACGCAAUGAAGUAUCAGGGAAAAUGUUUCACUUUGGAUGAAUGCAACAUCAAACCUGGAAAAAAGUUCUAAAUAAAAAUUAUGGUUCAAUAAUAUGCACUGCAUUGAAUCCAGUACCAGUCAUUCGUAUAUUUCACUAACAUUAAGAUUGAAUGCUCCAUUUGAAGUUAUCAUAAUAAUUGUGUUGUUUUUUUAACCUCAAUCAUACGUAUACUUAAAUUGCUUUCUUCACCAUUGCAUAUUUCAACCUAAGAUUAGUCUCUUGCAAUUAUUUACUUCUAAUGAAACAGAACUUAUAUUCUUUCUUUGCACAAAGUCUUGUAGGGUUGGCUUGGAUAUCUUGUGGCAUUAUGUUGACAGAUUUUCUCUAUAUUAUCUGUGAUAUUUACUGUAGGCAGCAGAAACUAGUCUGAUUCUAGUUUUUUAACUACGUUGUUGUAAUCAUUCUGUAUAAAAUGAUGGUCACUGGAACAUAGUGAUCAUAUGACUUUGGUAAUUUGUAAAAACACUUGGUGCCAGGGAAUCAAGCAACGAAAAUGAUAUUCUUUUCUUUUUUUUUUCUUAGAUUGUUCUAUGUUUUCAUAAUGGAUUAUCUGAAUACUAUUUUAAUUUUGAUGCUUAAAUAAGCGUGAAGUCUUAUAUAAAGUGAACCAAAGACACUGACAUGUGGUACAAAAACAUUAAAUAGAUUAAAAUCAAGGUCACUCAUUCAUUAGUAAGAUUUUUUUUUAAAUAAUUGUAGAUUAUUGUAUUUACCAGAUAAAUAAUUUAUUUUAAUUUAAUUGUAUAAAGAAAUGUAGUACUUUAGGUUUCGUAGUUUUUUAUGCCCCCCUUCUAAGAAGAGAGGGUAUAUUGUUUUUGGCCUGGGUGUCAUUGUAUGUGUGUGUCUGUCCCAAAACUUUAACCUUGGUCAUUACUUUUGCAAGAUUGAAAAUAGCAACUUGAUAUUUAGCAUGCAUAUGUAUCUCAUGGAGCUGCACAUUUUGAGUGGUGAAAGGUCAAGGUCAAAUAUAGAGGAGGGGCAUAGUGUUGCACAAACACAUCACUUGUUUAAUAAAAUAAAUAAAUUAUUAGGGCCCCAGUCCAGAGAUAAUAAUAAUCUGUGUUUUUGAAGAACACGAGUUUUUAAUUUAUGUUUAUGACAUUUAUUCUACCGGAGAUAUUUUUGUUUGUAAAAACUAAAUUAACUAUUUUAAGGUUAAAUGAAACGUAGUGGUUUUGUACCCAAAACCCUUGGUGCAAAAAGAGUAUCACCAAUAUCGGGUUUACAUUUUUAAAAUUUAAGAAAUGUUAUAUUUUGAACUGGUAAGUUGUCAGUUGGGAACCAUAACAACAGAGUCUCUUUUGAAAAUAUUUUUGGACUUUGGCUUAAAUUAUGGUAGGAAGUAUUGUUUUUUAGCAAUUUACCUGGAUAUUACGUCUUUUACUUUGAAAGCAUUAACACUUUCUCUGUAUUUUGUUAGCUGACCUAAGCAUGAAGUGUCCAUGGUUAGCUUUUGUGUUCACCCUAUGUUCAUGAUUGUAAGUCGUCAGUCGUGCCUUGUCAACGUCCAGCUCAUAAUGACACUUGAGGCCACAUUUUUCAUCCAAUCGUUGAUGAAUGUUUAUCUUGAUAAUGUCCAGGCAAAGUUUGAAUUGGCUACAAAAGUUAGGUCGUCAGGUGAAAUCUUUUAAAAUAAACUCUGCAACUCAAGUCUUUAUUUUCAAAUUAUGCAGUUUUCAAAGGGCCAUGUGUGUCCAAAACUAUGUCACCAGUUGAAAUCUUAGAAAAACUUGUUCCACUGUAGGAGCCAAAGUUAUGACUUAAUGUUGAUGAAACCUCGUCAGCAUUUUUAUCUUGCAAAUAUCUAGGCCAAGUUCGUAUCUGGCACAUGUGGUAAAAAAAUUAGUUCAUCAGGUUAAAUCUUAGAAAAUCGUUGUACACAUUAGAAUCCACAUACAUUACUCCAUUUUGAUGAACUUGAUUGGAAUGUUUAUUUCGACAAAGUCUAUGCAGAGUUCGAAUCUGCGUCACAUGCGUCCAAAAACUAGGUCACCAGGUCAACAUUUUUUUUUUAAGUGUUCCCCGCUCUUUAAGCCCCAUUUAUUACUCAAUCUCAAUGCAACUUGGUCAGAAUAUUUAUCUUGACAAUUUACAGGCCACGUUCGUAUCUGGGUUACAUGGGCAUGCUAAAAUUUGGUCACUGUGUAAUCUUAGGAAAACACUGUUCGUACACUAGAGGCCACAUGUAUGACUCAAUCCUCCUAAAACUUGGUCAGAAUUUAUUUUGGUAUAUUGAGGCCACGUUUGCAUUAAGUGUUAAGGGUGGUAAUCAACCAGGUCACAAGGUCAAGAAUUGUUUACCUUGAAUAAUGUGAGCGCUCUAGGUCCAUUAUGGCCAUCUUGUUGUAGUUAAUGUUUGGUUUGGUUUUGGACCUAACAUAUGUGCCUGAAUUUUACACAGUGUAUGUAAUUAGAAAGCUUUUAUUAAAGAGAAGCAAUCAA